AUGGACCAUGCAGCACCUCCAUCUCAGAAAUCAGAAAAGUUGCCUUUCGAACAGACCAAAGUUCGAAGAACUAUCCUCAUAUCUUACUGGAUUGUCGUUCUGCUCGCGGUCCCAUUGUGGUGGUAUACAACUAGUAUCGAAAGACUCUCACUUCCUGUAUCUCGCAUCAACUCUCAGCGGGGAAAAGAGUGUCUUGGUCAAAACGAUUUGGAGUUGACAGUGACUGAAGGCGCCCUCAGCUCAAAUGUGUAUGGCAUCUCGGUAGUUCCAGUGCUUGAGGAACCUGUCGCCGAAGGCAGGCGGCUUUCAAUACCUUCCCUGCAAGUAUCCCAUAUUCCUCAACUACUCACCUCUCUCUUCGCUCCAUCUUCUUCACCUUCCGGCUCGGGGAGUGCUAGUCACCUCGUUGCCAAAUACGCUCCGCAUUACCGACUUGCUUUUACAGUCCUCAACGAGGAUGCCGCGGAUGGGACAGCAGUAAUCGGUUGGGAUAUCCGCAAUUCUAUUUCACGACAUCUCUCUUCUCUUCUCCACCGCAUCUCGGCCCUACACAACUUCACUAUCGAGAGCCAAGUCCGGUAUCAUGCGCCCUUAGCGUUUGAACCUCAUCAUGUCGGUCUUGAUAAUGAAGGCAUCUAUGGGCUGACGCAGGACGAUCUCAAAGUUUUUGUUAAUUCCGCGGAAUGGACGCUGUCGUCAAGCGCGUCCAACGAUCCUGUACUCCAUUUCAUCUUGUUUAUCCCUUCCGCCUCCCAUACCCCGCUGAGGAUACUCGAUGCAAAAAACAACCCGACUUCCUCAAACGCUUUUCUCCUUCCACAAUGGGGUGGCGUUGUCCUCUUCAACCUCCAGUCGGAUCUCGCUCCUCAGACAUUCCUGACCACAUCCGAUCUGGACCAGGUUUUCUCGAUUUUCCGCUUGCAACUGCUCAGUCUACUCGGCGUGCCACGCCUCCCGCCAAACAUUGUACCCGCCAAUCCCAGCGACCCUCUAACAGACUGGCAACUUGACUCUCUAUACCGACAACGGGCAAUCGAAAACGCCUUCAGCAGUAAGGAGACGCUGGAAAGCAUCGCAAAACUUGUCAAUGAGAUCCCCAACAUGCCCCUGGGACAGGACGUAAGGGGUGAUGUUCAAGAUGCUUUGACGGCGCUGGAAAAGGUUUAUCCAGCAGCUACAAAUUCACCCAUACUUGCGCUACAGUAUUCCAGCCGAGCGCUCACGCUUGCAUCUCGCGCCUUCUUCAACCCUGGUAUGCUCGCGCUUCUAUACUUCCCCGCUGAGCACAAGUACGCUGUCUACACUCCCCUUUUCGCCCCUGUGGCCGUACCAUUGCUGGCCACUGCCCUCAGAGAAUGGAAAAAGGCGCGCGCACGGAAAGAUACAGACAAACAAGCAGAAGAAAAAGAUGCUCCUCUCCGGGAACGGGAACAUUAG